AUGUCCACGCCACCGGCAAUUGCUGAUCAACCUGCUAUCGAUCCACCCACCCUCGAUCAACCUACCACCACUGAGCCUCGCCCUCAAGAUGAUACACCACAACCGGAAUCAGAACCUCAGCCUGCUAUACCAAUCACAGCAGACCUGCUCUUGGAGCUUGAAUUGAAGCAACGGGAAAGGUUUGGGGGUGAGAGGGUUAGUACUGGAUGUGGGUUGUUGGAUGGGUUGUUUGAUGGGGGGGUGGGAGGAGGUGGAGAGACGGGGAGCAUGAGAGGAGAUGAGGGAGAUGGAGGAAAUAAGACAAGAGAUGAUAGAAACCACGGGAGAGGUGUUGAGAGAGGAAUCGUAUUGGGCGUCAGUGCUGAAGGGAGGGAAGGGGAGGGUGUUUUGCUCUCCCUCUCCCUCCUAACCUCUCUCCUCCUGUCUCACCUCACCACCUCAGACGCUGCUGAACCUAUAAUCCAAAUCCUCGACACAACCGGCACAUUCCCGCUCACCACGCUCCUCCACGUCUUAAAAUCCCGCCUCUCCCAAACCCUCACCUCAACCCACAAACCACCCAACCCCAAAGAAAUCACCACCAACCUCACCAAAGCCCUCGAAACCAUAAGCAUAACCCGCGUCUUCGACAUCAAAGGCAUAUGGGAAAUCCUCUCCGAACUCCCCACCACCACACAACUCCUCCUUAUCCACCCCAUCACGCCUCUUCUCUCCUCUUUACUCGCCACAGCUGCAAAACCAGACGCUCACGCGCUGAUCACCUCGCUCGCGAAUACCCUGCAUAGUCUAGCGCAUACGCAGAAUGUGCUUGUUGUGCUGGGGAAUACUACAACUGCGAUAUCUACUUUUUAUGCUGCGAAUCCAGCGAUACAGGGAGCUAAUAGGAGUGUGUUUAUGAGUGCCACCGUGAAACCUGGGUUGGGACAGGUGUUUGAGCAGUUUGUCGAUUUGCAUGUUUUGGUGCAUGGACUGCCGAGGGGGAGGGCGGAUGCGGAGGUGUUGUAUGGAGGGGAGGGCGUGGAGGAUAGAGACGUGAAGUACGCGUUUGUGUGUGAGGUUUUGAGGGAUGAGUGUCCGGAUUUGGGGGGUGGGGGAGGUGGACGGGGGUUUGGUGGGAGAGAGGAGAUGUGGGUUCCGGUUGUUGUUCGGGCAGAUGGUGGAUGGUUUGAGGGGGCUUUUGGGGAGAUGGGGAGGGCAGAUGGGGGAGUAGAAGGAGGGAUUGAUACUGGUGGGAUAGUGGAAGAACGUGUUGGUUUGGGGGUGGGGAAUGUUGCUAAGGUUUUUGGGUUUGGCGGGAGGAGGGUUUGA